UGGCGAACAAGCCAACCAAGGCAACAAACAUGACCACCAAAUAUUCCCGUGCUUGUGUGAUUUGCAACUGUCAAGAUAAAAUCAAACAAUGUGCAUGUUGUAAAUCUGUGUAUUAUUGUAGCAUUGAGCACCAAAAGAUGGACUGGUCUAAACAUAAACUUACCUGCAUAAAAGGAGGCUUUUCAUCCAGUCAUAAAAAACCAACACCAACUGUUGACAUUGUCGGUAGUACAAGAACUGAUAAUGCACUUAAUGACAGUAAUAUUACGAAGAGUGAUAACGAUACUACUAAUACUACAAGCAGCGGCAAUGAUGCCACUUUGGAAACAAAUAUUUCACAAAUGGAAGCUUCUAACAAUGUGAUGCUGUCUCUUGAAGUUGAAGCUGAAAUAAAACAUAUAUUAGAUUUUAGCACUGUGAUAUUACCAAGCGACUCAGAAUCAGACAUUCCACAAUCUCAGACUGAACAAUGCAAGGAUAUAUUUAAAGAUUUGAUUAAAUCGGAAACAAAUUUUUCUGGACCAUCUGAUAACACAGAAGCCUCAGAAAAUGAUGUUGAUGAUUCAUUUGCUAUUGAAUCUGUGUCAGGACGAGAGCUGACAGACAUGAGAUAUGAACAACUAUUUGACAAUAAUGAUGAAAUCACUGCAUUUGAUUCAAGACCCUUAAAUAAUUUAACAUUCUUUAAGCCUGAGUCAUAUCAGCACAAAGAUCUAGCAGAAUUUAUUUGUAGAGGAUUAAUAAAAUCAGGUUAUUGUGUUGUUGAUGAAGUUUUUGAAAAAACUAUUAUUGAUGGCAUAUUAGCUGAAAUUAAAAGUCUGAAAGAUAAAAAUGAACUUAAAGAAGGUCAGUUGGGUGGUGGACCAUCCAGUGGGAAUGAUGCAAAAAAAGUUAUAGAUGCUAAUAUUAGAAGAGAUGUGAUUAAGUGGAUUGAUGGAAAUGAAGGUCUUGCAUAUACUGCCCAAGUUCUUGGCACGAUGGACUCAAUCAUAAGCUUCUUUAAUAAUUAUUUAAAGAAUGACUUCAUUAAUGGUCGCACAAAGGUAAGAAGGGGUUAAAAUUUCACACACCCUGUCAGACACUAUUUCGAAAAAAGGUCAUGACAGAAACCUUAAAUAUGUAUUUUUAUUAUACAAUUAAAAUAUAUUAGAAAUUGAAAAAUCUUUUUUUCUAUCAAGUAGUAAUUUGUAUCCCCUUUUCUUAUAACCUGAUUUGAGUUAUAAAUUAUCAUUUGUUUCCUAUAAAUUAUAUUAAUAUUUAUUAAACAGGCAAUGGUUUCAUGUUACCCUGGAAAUGGAACUUAUUAUCGCCGCCAUGUUGACAACCCUAGCAAAGAUGGGCGCAGAAUUACCUGUAUUCUGUAUUUGAAUAAAAAUUGGGAAACUCAGGUACGAGUAUCUUAAUAUUAGCCUUAAGGGUAAAAUUGUUUUAAAUAAAAUUUUUGUUAAAUUUAAAAAACCAAAUUGUUUUAAGCUUAGAGUGUAUAGAAAUAUUCAAAUUUUAUGAACAACAUUGUAAAAAAAAAAAAUCAACACUCUAAUAAACUAACCAUCAACUAAUGUUUAUAAUAAUUGCAGCUACAGUGUUUAAAUAAAAAUAUUUAAAAAUGGAGUUAGUUUUUGAAAGGUAACAGUAUCUUAUAAGACAUUAAUUUAAUUGUAGAAUCUGAUAUUUAUUUAAAUGCUUGAAAAAAGUUUUAUGCUUGACAAUUUUAUUUUUGUAAAAAUGUGUCUUGAAACACUAUGAAGCUCAUCAACUAGAAAUGUAAUGAUUCUUUACAGAAAGAUGGAGGCCUGCUUCGAAUUUUUCCUUUAAAUCAAGAAAAUCCUAUUGACAUACCUCCGAUAGCUAACAGAAUGCUAUAUUUCUGGUCAGACAGGCGAAACCCACAUGAAGUGCAACCAUCAUUUAGAGAAAGGUAAAUUUAUUAAUCCGAUAAUUAUCUCUUUGUUCAGGGACCAUACAUUUUUAAUGUUAAAAAAAAAAAAUUGAUCAGUAUAUUGCUGAUGGUUGCAAUCUCUUUAACUUUUCUUAUGUUCACUCUCCCAUAUAGUUUUAGAGAUAGCAGAAGAUUCUUGUAAUAUGCUAAACUUUUUUAAAGCAAAUGUUAUAAAUGGUUUCCAUACAGUCGAACUCUUUACUUCAUUUUAGUUUGCUUUAAUCUACGCCCAUUAAAUUACUUAAAAUAAUUAUUUAACUUAAGGUUUGCAAUGACAGUUUGGUAUUUUGAUUCUGAAGAAAGAGAAGAAGCCAGGAUUGAAGAGCUUAGACAAGGUAACAUACUUUAUAAUAAAGUCCUUGGAGCUGAUGUUGACCUGUUUUUGAAUGUUGUUGGUAAAAGUAUAAGAUUAUGGACAUCUGUUGCUGGAAAUAACUUUACUUGAUCAAAAUUUAAAAAAAAAUGUGUUGUUCAAUCCAAAGAUCCUACUUGGUUUUCCAUCUGAAAUAUCAUGCUGACAUUGUAUUUAGAAACAUGAGCAAAGGUUAAGAAAUUCUGGCAUCAUUGUUCUGUCCUUCUCUAGAGUACAGCAAUGUUGCUUGACCAAGGAUACAUAAAAAUUAGUAGUAGUAGGAUCACAUAUUUGGGAAAAAAAAAUGUUGCAAACUUGAAUAAACAACGUUGAAGAUGUUUUUAAAAUAUUGAAAACAAACUGCUGAUUUCCUAAUGGGUUUUGUUCCCUGUUCAUGUAUUCCUAUUCUUAAUAUCAUUUCCUUAAUAUAGUAUAGUAAAUAAAUUCAACCAAAUAAAAUAUAACAAAUAAGCUUAAAUAAAUGUACCUUAUGCUCACAUUCUACUCCUGUCAACAAAAAAGUGGCGAAUUGCUUGUGAUUGGUUGGUAAAAAUUUCAAUGCCUAUGUGAGCUUGGAACAAUUUUGCUAAUCAUCAAGGAAAAUAUUAUGAUGAGAUUAAAAUUGUUCAAUAGAAAUAAGCAUUCCAUAUUGAUACACCCAUUGCUUUGUAGAUCCCCUGGAUGUUAAUAUGCUAAAUGUAUUUUAUUUUAGCUCAUUCUUGACAGUUGUACUUAGAUUGCAAUUUUUCAGCAUACUCUUUCAUUUAUAAAUUGUAUCUUGCAGAGACUGAAAGAAUAAGUGGACAAAUAACAGAACUGGAAGAAAAAAGAAGACAGUUGGAGCAGGUCAAUGAACUGAUAUUUAUUUAUGCAACAUUUAUGAUUAUGGCUUUAUGAUGGAUUUAAAAAUAAUGGAAAACAAUUAAAAACAUAUUUAACAUUUUUUUUUUAGCAUUUCAUAAAAUAUUUUAUAGCAGCAUUGGGCUUACCCAGUAUUGAAUUAUUUAUUUAGACAUUAAUUUUUGUGUAUUCUCCCACUGUUUCUUAGAUCUGAUUAUGUGGUAAUUUUAUUUCUUUAAUGGCAAAAAAGCAUUUUCACUCUAAUAGUAAUCUCUAAACAUGACAUAUGUAAAAUAAAUUGUAAAGUAAAUUAUUUCAACAAGAAGUUUAUAUUUGUUGAAUGUAACCAACAGUUAACACAAGACCAGGUACUUGAAAACAAAGCCGUUGAAGCUGUUAAAAGUUUGUCAGAACAGGAGUUGGAGGUUUGUGAAAUUUUCAAUCUCUAAAAAUCCUGAGUUUAUAUAUAUAUAUAUAUAUAUAUACUAUAAUGCUAAAUAACCUCAUUAAAAUUAAUGCAUCUUCAUUUCAUUAUUCAUCAUGGUGAAUGUUUAUAAAUCUCUUAGGGGCCGUCCAUAAUUGACGUCAAGCUUGGUUUGGGGGGUUGGGGGUUAUUUACAUUUAUGUGAUAAUGUGUGAUGAGGGGGGUUUAAGAACUGUGACCUCACAUAAAAAAGCGGAAAUUAUUGAUAAAAAUUGCAUGAUGAAAACUAAAUUACAAAAAAUUUUUGAACAUUAUUCUUUAAUACUACAAUUAUAAAUAUUUUAAUUUUAAACUAUAAUCACCCAUUCUGAGAGAAUCCGUACAAGUGUGUGAAGUCCAAAAAAUGCCAGCUGAUCAAGUUAUAAAAGACAUCACGGAGGAGAAUCAGGGUUUAGUGGUAUUGACAAUUAUGAAAAUUUAUGUCGAAACAUGGAGACACAAGUCAUAGAAUUAUAAUUACUACAUAAAGUGGGGAUGGAUAGUAAAAUGGUUGAUUUGGGUGGGGGGGGGGGAGAGAAGGAUCUUAGUAUAUAUUCUAUUCUAGGCAGGGAUUCUUAACCUUUUUGCAACUUCAAAACAUUUCUCGCAAACCACUCAACUCUCCAGAUAAAUUAUGUCGUAAUACAAUCUUAAAAUAAUUAAAAAAUUUAGUAAUGGUACUUUUUUUUUAUUUCUGUAUUUAAAUUUGUAGAAACAAGAUAAAAAAAUGCACCAAUACAAUUAAUGCACAAACAAAAUUCACCACAAAAAAGUUUAUGGCUACUAAUGAAAAUGCAUGAAAAAUGAUUUUUUUUCAAAGCAGCAACAACCAGCAAUGGCAGUUAAUGUUAAGAUGUAAUAUUGUCAAAAAAGUUAAAUGCUCCAAAAGAAAACCUUAACAUCUUUCAUUGAACAUAUUUCAAAAUGUGUAGAUAUGAAACUUUGCUUUUUAACAGUUCAUUUUAAAGAAUUAACUAAUUAUUACAAGAACUAAAUUAACAUGUUAAAAAGAAUCAAGGACAGAAAAAUACAGUUUUAUGUUCCUUGAAUGAAUAGUCAUACAUGCCAACCUGUAUGGUUUACUGGAACUUUGUACCAGUACAGUUUUGAUGUGUUUCUCAAGUUUAAGGCAGUACAGGCUUUUCUAAACUAUUUUACUGGAUUUAAAAAAGAAAUAUUUUUGCACAAGACAUGUCCCAAGCUGGUAGUGCAAUAAAUUCAACACUGGGUAACAAGAAGCUUUAAUCCGAUUUGUCCAUUGUUUCAUUGAUAUCAUUCAUUAAUAUUAAGACAGAGUAGUAACUACUUUGAGUAGUAAAUCAUAAUUAAGAUAAUUACAAAAAAACUGCAGUGUUAUUUUAAUUUAUAUUAAAUACCGGUAAAUAUAUAUAUAUAUAUAUAUAUAUAUAUAUAUUUAAUAUUACUAUCAAUAGUAUCAAAUCAAUGACUGGCAUUAGUCAAUAUUCCCAUUUAUUACAACAGCAUGGCUUAAUCCGUCCUGUAUGGUGAAAAAUAAGGUUAUUAGUUGAAGGUAAACUCAACAACUUUGUCAAGAUGGAAGGACUUUAUUAAUGGAAGAAUUAUCAUUAUGUCUAAUUAAAUCUAAAUUGGUAUCAAACAGUCCAUUUUUUAAAUAAAAUUGCUGAUAAUUGUAAAAAAAACCCUCAAAAUGUUUACAAAAGUAGGAUUUAUAACAACCUAUUUUUAUUUUAAAAAAUGGGAUGUAUGAAUGAUGUGUAAACAUAAUUAAAGAUGCGCAACAAAGGGGAGACUAUUCCUUUUUAAAUCCAUACAUUGAUAAAAAUGAUGAAAAGUUAUAAAUUAUACUCCAGUACUUUUCAUUUUUUUUUUCUGUAAAGUUUUUUAAUGAUAUUGUAAAGUUUAAAAAUAAAUUAUUUUGUACUGUUUUUUAAUCUCACAGGCUGGCAUGCAUAAUAUUUAUCAUUAUUAUUAACAUGAAAGCAUGGACAGAAAUGUAAUUUGUAAAAAAAAAAUGACAUUGGGCUAAAAAUUGUGAUUGUAUGAUGCAUUCAUUCUAUUUCUUAUUUUGAGCUUUUCUUAAAGAUAAAUUAUGUAAAGGAUUUCAGGGAUUCCAAAAAGCAUUCUCAUUUAUGUUCAUAGUUCGACUAAUUUAUUUGAACAUAUUGAUGAAAUUUGAUUUAACCAUGUGUGAUUAUUUUAUUUUCGGAUUUAUUUAUGAUUAAAAAUUACCUGCUGUUGUUAAUUUAGCUGUUUGUUUAUUUUCAGGCUGUCUCCUUUCUUAUUCACAAUCACCCUGACCCCAAGCAAGUAAUGUCGAGUAUGGGCAUUUCUGACACAGUCCAAAAAGCCCUUAUAAAAUAUCUCACCACAGGGAGGCCUUAACCAAUUAAUUAAUUUAUUUAGAAAUAUUUCCACCACAAAGCAGUCUGUGACAUGGCUAGAUAUCCUCAUUGGUAUGGAUAUAUAUUUCAUACUCAGAACAUUUUCAGACAAGACUGACAUAAUGUAGCACAAUAGCAUUUACUGAAUUAUUAAAAUUACAAGUUAUGUGUUUAAAUACAUAUAUCAUCAGACCAUUACUUAUUAUAAUACAUUAUUAUAUACAAUUUAUAAAAUUUUAAAAAAUAUUACAAAUAUCUUUUGAACAAAUCCUUUAUGGAACCAUGUAACAAUGUUUGUAUUGUUCUAUCAUCAAAUUAAUUUUUCCGUAUUCAUCACACUGGACCAAUAAACUUUGGCCAUGCUUACUAAAUCAAAACUAAAUUGUCUUUUACUAAUGUUGUCAU